UAUAUGUUUGCUUUGUGAAAGAAUUAAUUUCAGGUUGAAUAUAUAAUAAAUAAAAACAAUUUAUGAUUUCAGGACUGACUCAAGGCUUAAAAUUCGUGUUCAAUAUGUCAACUUUCCAGAAUACCACUUCCUCUUCCAUCAUUUUCCUGCUAACUGGUGUUCCUGGGCUGGAAGCUUUCCACACCUGGAUCUCCAUUCCCUUCUGCUUUCUCUAUGUAACUGCCCUCUCAGGAAACAGCCUGAUUCUCUUUGCCAUUACCAUUCAGCCCAGCCUCCAUGAGCCCAUGUACUAUUUCCUCUCCAUGCUCUCCACCACUGAUCUUGGCCUGUCCAUAUCCACUCUGGUCACCAUGUUGGGAAUAUUCUGGUUCAAUGUCAGGGAGAUCAGCUUUAAUGCCUGCUUGUCACAGAUGUUCUUCAUUCAACUCUUCACUGUCAUGGAAUCCUCAGUGCUAUUGGCCAUGGCCUUUGAUCGUUUUGUGGCCAUUUCUAAUCCUCUUAGGUAUGCCACUAUUUUAACUGACCUGAAAAUAGCCCAGAUUGGAGUAGCAAUCAUCACCAGGGGAACACUAAUCCUGACUCCUAUGGUGGUACUUCUUAAAAGAUUGUCUUACUGCCGUAGCCACGUGCUCCACCACUCCUACUGCUUUCACCCUGAUGUGAUGAAGCUCUCCUGCACGGAUACCAGCACCAACAGUGCAGUUGGUUUCGUUGCCCUGAUAACCACUGCUGUGGUGGACUCCAUUUUCAUUGUUCUUUCGUAUGUUUUGAUCAUUAAGACUGUUCUCAGCAUCGCAUCCCCAGAAGAGAGGAAGAAAGCCUUCAACACAUGUAUCUCCCAUAUUGGAGCUGUUUCUGUAUUCUAUAUUCCAUUGAUCAGUUUGUCCUUUGUCCACAGAUUUGGGAAACAAGCCCCACUCUAUGUUCAUACUCUAAUUGCCAAUGCCUACCUGUUAAUCCCCCCUGUGAUGAACCCCAUCAUCUACAGUGUGAAGACCAAACAGAUACGUAGGGCUGUGAUAAAAGUUCUGCUUUCCAGGGUGCCAAUGAACUAGAUGGGAGUUUCAAAUUUUCAAGUCCUAGUCAUGUUAAAGAUAAGGAAAAUGACACUCCAAGAGGCUAAAAUGUUUAGAAUCAUACUGGAGCUGAAAGUUACCAAAAAGAUCAUUUAAUUUCAAGUAAGAAGACUGUAGGCUAAGAGAGAUAACUAUGAGCUAGAGGUCCUUUAGAGUAUCACCAUUUUCCUUUAAAAACCACAAUGAUAAUAAGAACAUUCAUUUAAGGUGAAAGAUUUUCAAUAACCUUGAAAACCAAUGAUCCAGCUUAUACAUAACUCAAAUGUGGCUUUGGUUUGUUUAAAAUACAUGGAAGAAUGUAAAGUUUGUGCUUGUUGUUUUACAUUUUUCCUGUACAGAGAGAAACACCAUCAUAUCUGCUCACAAAUGAGAAUAAAAAGUAUAUUACCAAUUGUAAAUAACUCUUACCACCUAAAUCUGUCACAGACAACUGUCAUUGCCCGUGGUUAGUGAACUGUUCCAAAAUAUUCUCCCCGUCCUUCCUUGCCUCUGGUCUCCCUGGCCUAUCAUAUGACAGCUAGUUUCGGUAACAAUAAAUGUUUUAUUCCUUUGUCAGUAAUCUAAU